CGGGCCGAGCCGCGCCGAGCAGAGCCAAGCCGAGCCGAGCCGAGCCGAGCCGAGCCGAGCCGAGCCGAGCCGAGCCGAGCGGAGCUGAGCCGCCGGGGGCGACACGCCGCGAAGUUUUGCGGGAAGGCGCCGCUCCGCGAUGUGUGCUUCUAAGAAGAGUAUUGACCAUGAGGAAGCCCACAUAUUAGUCAGUUUUUACUAAUCCCACCGAAGAAAAUGAAGCCACGUUUCAGCUUUGCCGAUCCUUUUCCCACCACUGUUGGCUGAAUGAGAAAUGGUCAUGUGAUUAUGCUGACACCCCAGCAUGCAUUUGGUAGACCUGUGGUUAACUCGUUCCCUCUCCAUGUGUCUGCUCUUACAAAGUUUUGUCCUCAUGAUACUGUGCUUUCAUUCUGCCAGUAUGUGCCCGAAAGGCUGCCUCUGUUCUCACUCCGGAGGUCUGAACGUCAGCUGUAGCAAUGCAAACCUCAAGGAAAUACCCAGAGAUCUUCCUCCAGAAACAGUCUUACUUUAUUUGGACUCCAAUCAGAUAACGUCUAUCCCCAACGAAAUUUUUAAGGACUUGCACCAACUGAGAGUCCUCAAUUUAUCAAAAAAUGGGAUUGAGUUUAUAGAUGAACAUGCCUUUAAAGGGGUGGCAGAAACCUUGCAGACUCUGGAUUUGUCCGACAACCGAAUUCAAAGCGUGCACAAAAACGCUUUCAACAACUUGAAGGCCAGAGCCAGAAUUGCAAACAAUCCCUGGCACUGUGACUGCACGCUGCAGCAGGUGUUGAGGAGCAUGGCCUCCAACCACGAGACGGCCAACAAUGUCAUCUGCAAGACUUCUGUGCUGGAUGAACACGCGGGGAGACCGUUCCUCAAUGCUGCCAACGAUGCUGACCUCUGCAACCUUCCUAAAAAGACUACCGAUUACGCCAUGCUGGUCACCAUGUUUGGCUGGUUCACCAUGGUGAUCUCAUAUGUGGUUUAUUACGUCCGGCAAAAUCAGGAGGAUGCAAGGAGGCACCUUGAGUACUUGAAAUCCCUGCCAAGCAGGCAAAAGAAACCAGAUGAAGCCGACGACAUUAGCACUGUGGUAUAGUAUUCUGAAUACAAUGACUGCCUUUGUGACGGAAACUAGAUUUGGAUGACGCUAAAACCAGAGGUUUACUUCUAACGUUCAUUGUAAACAUUAAGACUUUUGGGUUUUUUUUCCUGUUUAACUGAAUUACGCCACUGUUGAGCUUUCUAACAGAAAGUUUUGUCUGGGUGGUAUACUUUAAUUAUUUCUCUGGUGGUAUCCUAAAGCAAGUGAAAUAUGUAAACAUUAGUUUAGACCCAUUCCACUAUUUAAUAAUGAAAUUUAUUUUUUUAAUUUAAAAACCAAAUAAAAGCUUAAAUUUAAA